AUUUAUCUUAAUGUCUAUCUUACGUGGUUUCGAGACUGAGGUAAUAAGUGGCAAAUGCCUACCUAGAAUAUGAGAAUCAUCCAGUAAAUGAUAGCUCUUUGUUUCUCCAAAGGUUAUUUCAUAAUUUCUUUAACUAUUUAAGGUGGCACUUCUGAUCCACCUUCACAUUCAGUCUCAUAUUUUUAGAUCAGAGACCUUUUGUAAUAGAGGAUGUGCAUGUAUGGAAGGGCCAGACAAGGAGUAUAAUAAGUAUAAUAAACAUACAGAUGAACAGGCAACAAAAGCAGGCAGUGGGCCCCAAGAGAUCAACAUGUGACCUUGGACCUCUUCAUUAUCACUCAUAACUCUCUGAGUUUUGAAACCUCAGAUUUUGCUAAGAUUUCACUGACACAUUUAUCUGUAUUGUGUGGUACCUUCCCAGUGUGUUCUAGAUGUGGUAUGAAAACCACAUGAUGGAAAAUACACUUUAAAAUGUGGCUACAUCAAAUUCAGAGAAAGAAAGUUCAAAGAUUAAAUUUAGUAAUUCAGACUGCCAGACGCAGUCACCUUCUUUGACCCAGGAUAUAAUUUAAGCCAAGUUUACGUUACACUGCAAAAAGUCUGAACUAAUUGUGCAUGUCAAAGCAAGUUCUUGGAGAAGAGAGAGGGCUACCUUUUCCCUAUUUGACAGAAGUGAGAAGGAAGGGCAAAGCAGAGUAUCUCUGGAGACAUGUGUGCAAGUUUGCUUCUGGCUAAAAGUUAAUGAUCAAUUGCUUCUGUUCUCAGCACUGAGCCCUGGGAAAGUAACAAACUCCAGUUGAUUCUCUCUCCUUGCAGAGGAUUCAAAAUCUGCUCUACCUCUCUUCCUUUGUAUUGCCUUCGGAUGUUACACUUCAAUGUGAAGUGAAUAGGCUUAACAAUUCCACAUACAACCCAAAGAAAUCUGUUCAAGUGGACAUCUGGAAGCAGGUAACUUGAGUCGCCAACACAACAGCAGAAAUGCCACCACCGCCUACCUCCCCGCCCCUCCACAGCCCUCCGGACGGAGGCUGGGGCUGGGUUGUGGUUGGAGCAUCUUUUAUCUGCAUUGGAUUUUCAUAUGCCUUCCCCAAAGCAGUCACGGUUUUCUUCAAAGACAUUCAGGGAAUCUUCCACGCAUCCUACAGCGAGAUUGCGUGGAUCUCGUCCAUCAUGCUGGCCGUUAUGUACGCGGGAGGUCCCAUCAGUAGUAUUUUGGUGAACAAAUAUGGCAGCCGGCCAGUGGUGAUAGUAGGAGGUCUUUUAUGCUGUUUGGGAAUGGUGCUGGCUUCUUUCUGUAACAGUGUUAUACAGCUUUACCUCACUGUGGGCUUCAUAGGAGGUUUAGGUUUAGCCUUCAACCUGCAACCAGCCUUGACCAUAAUUGGCAAAUACUUCUAUAUGAAAAGACCCAUUGCAAAUGGACUGGCCAUGGCAGGAAGUCCUGUUUUUUUAAGUACCUUGGCUCCUUUUAAUCAGUUCCUUUCUAAUACUUAUGGUUGGAAAGGAGGCUUCUUGAUUUUAGCAGCUAUAUUUUUGCAUGCCUGUGUGGCAGGGGCUCUCAUGAGGCCCAUUGGUCCCAAACAAACUAAGCCCCCAAAUACGAUUGAUGUAAGCAAAGAAGAUCAAAGUAUGCAGAAGACCAAAACAAAGAAAUCAGCAAGUGAAAAAGUCAACAAGUACUUAGACUUAUCCCUUUUUAAGCACAGAGGAUUUUUGAUAUAUUUAUCUGGAAAUGUUAUAAUGUUUCUGGGAUUUUUUGCUCCUGUUAUCUUCUUGGCUCCUUAUGCUAAAGACAGGGGAAUAGACGAGUACUCGGCUGCCUUUUUGCUGUCUGUGAUGGCUUUUGUGGAUAUGUUUGCUCGGCCUCUUGGAGGGUUGAUUGCAAAUUCCAAAUUGGUCCGACCCCGAAUCCAGUACUUCUUAAGUUUAUCGGUCAUGUUCAAUGGCAUAUGUCAUCUCCUAUGCCCCCUGGCCCAAUCCUACACGGCCCUCGUGAUCUAUGCUGUGUUUUUUGGCUACGGCUUUGGAAGUGUUAGUAGCGUUCUCUUUGAAACGCUCAUGGACCUCGUGGGUGCGACCAAGUUUUCCAGUGCUGUAGGAUUGACCACCAUUAUAGAAUGUGGCCCCGUUCUGCUUGGUCCUCCAAUCGCAGGUAAGUUGGUGGAUAUAACUGGAGACUAUAAAUACAUGUAUAUUGCCUGCGGGGCCAUCGUGUUAAUUGCAAGCUUAUGGCUACUCAUUGGCAAUGCCAUCAACUACAGACUUCUUGACAAGGAAAGGAAGAAGGAACUGGAAAGGAAGAAGAAAACAAAUACUCUUGAGGCCAGAGAGACUGAGCCCUUGAGCAAAGUUCCGCAAGAUGAAGUUACUGUCAAAAUUUCCCAACCAGGGAAUGCUCCCUCAGAAAGAGAAACUAAUAUCUAGCAAGAGUCACUUCUCUGAUUUUACUGUUUAUUGGCAUUUGCUUUUCUUUUUCAAAAUAUUGGAAAGGUGUGUGUAUGUGUGUGUGUAUGUGUGUGAAUACAGGAGUAAUAAGAGUAGAAUUAGCUUUCCCUCAAUGACAACUAUAAAUUCUCUUUUCUUUAAACUUACUUGGGCAGUUCAGUUUUGAGAUUAUCCACACAAAAAAUUCAUGUAGUGCAUCCUUGCCAUUCCUUGUUGCAGGGUGUGGCAGUUAAAAGAAUUUGAAUGUCUUUCAGUAACUUCCCUUGCUCAUUGUAGAAGGAGAUCUGGAUCCCAAGCCCCUGGGCAAUUCAUUAGAAUUAGGUUUAAUCCCAUGUAAUAAACCUCUUCACAGGUCAGUUUUUAGUUGAGAUUAAAAAUUUUCAAUAGAAUUGAGAGGAAUUCUUUCUUCAUAACACACCCACAGCCCCUCACACCAUUACACAGCUACGAAAACAGAAUAUUUAUAAAAGUAAAACAAAUGAAUUUAAAAAAGAAUAUUAUCAUAGUCAAUUUUUGGGUAAAACAAAAUCAAAGGAUACAAAAGAAACACAUUUGUAUGUUGUUUUACAAUGUGGAUUUAAAAGCUAUGCACAUGAAUGAUAGCAAAAGUGAUCCUAUUAAAAAGUUUCCAAACAUAAGUCUUAUUAAAAAUAACAAGUAGAUCCAUUCCUGCACCACUAUUUCUGAGCACUUUAGGACUCGAUGGACCCACGCACACAAUUUCCUUGAGGGUUGUCUUUAGGAAUCAGAGCUAAAGACAGACCCCAAGUCAUUUUCAGAAUUCUUACCUAAUUUGCUAGUCAAAUGAAAAAGUCUGAAUGCAUCUAGCACUGAACUGUAUCCCUAGAUUGGAAAAAGAUGAUAGUGCUUAAUCUUGAAAGUAGUCCCUUAAAAAAAAAAAAAAAACUAGUCUUCUUUCUUUUUUGUUUAACUAGUAUUUCUUUAACUAGUCCUCAAUCCAGAUCCAAUGUUGCACUGAAAUACCCAAACAGAAUAAACUAGAAUUAGAGUAGGCAGGUUUAUAAAUACACCAAAUCCUAUUUGUUCCCACACAUAACAGUGAUGCAAGGUUACUGUUACAAGUAGUAAUUCAUAUAAAUUCAUCUAAUGAAGGAUGUUCUUUUGAGGGAGUUUAGAGCUCUCUGAGCUUCCUUCCUCCCUUCCCUAGAAAGCAAAAGCAAGAAAACAAACCAUGAACAGGCCUUUCCCUCAGCUGCUGAGGAUGCCUCCCCUUUGAAGAAUGGCAACAUUUGAAAAUUCUGCCCUCUACUGGUGAGACUCCCUCUGCCUGGGAGUAUAUCCAGGCUGCAGAGAAAGGCUUCUAGAAAUCCUGGCUGUGUGGAGUGGCUGGGAUAACAAGCUUCAAAUUUCGUAGCCCAGGAUAAUUUAGUAGUCACUUAUUUCUUAUCUGCACGAAAUUAUCUGGAAAUUGGAAUCUUUCGAAGACUUGACUGUUCUUGGCUUUCAAAGCUUAUAAAUACCAUAAGUAAAAUUAUAAAUAUUUAUACCUAGGAAUCCGAAGUUUAAUACUAGGAUGAAUAAAAAGCACCUCGUGCUUUCUGAAGUGAUGUUACGCUUAAGAUAGCCAAUGAAUUCUGCUGUCCAUUUUUUUUUCUUUUACUGUAUAGUAGAAACAGGUGCUAUUCUUAUUUCUUAUGAGAUUGUACCUGGAUACCAAACUUUUGCAACAGUUAGUAUAAAGGAUAUUAUUUUGAUUUAUAAAAGUUAUGCACUGUCUAUGUGGGCUGAUAUUUAAGAAGCAAUAUUAAGAUAUAUAACAUUUAUAUAAAAUGUAAUUUUUUCAUUUAACAUUUGCUUAUUUUGUGUAUGAAAGGAGAUUUGUAGUUUUCAAAUCAUAAAAGAAGAUGUGCCAAUAUCAUAAGUAAAUGAAUCAGGAAAAUAGGAAGUAUAUAGUUGUGGAUUUAAAAAAAAUUGCUUCAUUUAGUCUUGAAUUAGCUAUUUUUAUAUGAUUAGCACUUUUUAUUCAGCUCUGACCCAACUUGUCAUAAGCAAAGCAUUAUUGCUGUAUACCAUCUCUCCAGUCAUAACCAUUUCAAAAAGAAAAUCCUGCAUCCUUGGAAAAUACAUAAUACAGACAGCACUAGAAGAAACAAAGAGGGAAGUAAAAGGUAUUUUCUGUAGGGCUGUGUCCUGUAUACUUGACAUUCUCUGCUAGUAGAGGACAAACCAGAGAAUGUGUUCUCCCUGAGAGGGAGUUUAUUUACUUACAAAGAGGAGUCAAUUCAAACUCAUUUACAUUUCUUUUGCUGCUCUUGGCUUGCUUUCAUUAACUCUUCAUUUCUAAUGUGGAUUCUAUUAACUUGUUAGAAAAGGAAAAUACAGUUGCAAAGCUAAGGAUGUGAGGCACAGUACUGCCCAACAGUAGCCCAAUAUGAAUUAACACACAUAUACACACACAUACUAAUUCCCACACACAAAUGUUGGAAAUGCAGCCAUACACACUGGAAACAGCAACAUAAAUCAGGCUCACAAUUGCUCCAACGUAAUUAUAAAGGACUCUACUUCUUUACUCUUCCUACCCAUUGCACUUCAGGGAAGAUUUCUUGCUUCAAUAGAAUCCUUCAAAUACUGAGAAAACAAUAUUGACCUAGAGUUUCUGUAAUUGUAUAGUCACAUAAGUAGCAGGAGAAACAUAGUUGUAGCUAUGUCAGCAAUAACUAAUGCUGGACAUAUUUUUUUUCCUUAAAUGCAACAGAUUUUACACGUUCAAAAUACAAAGCCAAACAUACCAUUAAACUCUGUAAGCUCCAUUUCCCAUUAUGAAAUAGCACGAAAGGAAUGUUGUCAUAAAGUGUCCAAAUAAUUCAUAAUCACUAGCUAAUUUGCAUGUUUGGCUAUUUGUGAGCACCCCAGGUUUUUCACUAUUGAGUCUUAAAUAUUCCUUCACAAUUUAUGAAUAUGAAUUUAUGGGUCUACACUUGUCUUGGCCCAUCCCCAUUCUCUUUCUUGGUUAUUUUUGUGUCCAAUCAGGCAGUGAGUCUGAUGUGCUUCUUUACACAUAAAAAUCUCAGAUAGAAUCACAUGAUUCACAUCAGGCUUUCUUAGUUCUAAAAUCCAGCAACUUUAUGGUACAUAUUCAGCAUCAAUAAGUAACACAUUUAGCUUUGAUAUGGUCAAUUGUGUACCUUAACAAGUACUUUCAGCUCAUCUUCCUCUGGCUAUACAUGUCAAUCAAGAAUAUUAUAAAGAUUCAAGCAUUAUGGCUUGUGCCUCAAACUGCAGCUCUCAGGAGUCUCAGGAAGGAGGAUUCUGAGUUCAAGACCAUUCUGGGAUACUUAGUGAGACCCUGAUUAAGGGAGGGCAGAGGGAGAGAAAGAGAGAAAGAGAGAGAGAUGUCAUAUAGAGGUAUUAAUUUGUGGAAAUAAUUUAUUUACUAGUUGAAACUUAGUUAAAAUGCCUUGAAGAAUACCCUCUCAUACAUAGAAUAUUUCAGACUAUUAGUAAAAUAAAAUAAGAGUAAUCAGUAUUUGGCUUUAAAUGAAUGGGGAAAAGGGAUGAAAAAGGGAAACUAUUACUUUUUUAUCACGAAUGUUCUCAACAUGAUAUCUUUUAGCAUGCAAACCAAAGGUGAUGUGAAAGUUAUUAAUAAUAUGAGAGAGAGGGAAAACAAACAUCAGAUGUACUAAGAUGCUCAGAAAAUCCCCCUGAAAUUACAAAAUAGUAUGGGCCUGCAGCAAAAUUUUAACUCAGGUUUAUCUAAAAGCAGAAAUAACUUCCUUAUACACGUGGAAGAGCCCAAAGAUGAUAAAGAUAGAGACACUAAACUAUAAGCCCUAUAUAAUAAAUAGAUUAACUGAAAUAUGUGUUAUAAUUUUAGUGUAUGUUAUAGAUUGCAUUUGCUAUAAAUGAAUUUAAUUUUAAAUUACCUGCAUUGCUAAACCAAUGUAAAUUAUCCCAAAUAAUAAUAGUUAUUAAUAGUCAUAUUGUUUUAAUAAAACUUUUUCUUAUAAGAAUAAUCAGAUAUUUAUGUGACACAGGCAUAAACAUACUUGCCCUAAAUUUGGGUUAAAAGAAAGAUGUUAUUUAUAUAAGAUUCCUAUAUUGAUUAUUUAUUAUUAUGCAAAAAAUAAGACCUAGAGACUAUAAUACAUUAUAUUUAAAAAUUCAGGCACUGUCCACAAUUUUUGGCUUAGCCCAUGCUACUGUAAAAUGGUUUUGAGGUUUAAAAUUGUUUGGCUCAUCUAAUAACCCAUGUUUGUCUUUAAUAUUCAGUACAAUUUUCCCAUAAGUCUCAUAUUUCAAGCUUCUAUGAACAUCCAUAUUGUUCUUUGUCUACUUAUUCUGUAAAGAAAAACAUAAUUAUGCUUUUGUCUAGACAUUAGAAUUCCUUAGAAUGUAUAUUCAUUAUCUCUGUUUAAGAGGUGCACUGGCUUAUUCAUCCAUGAUAUGUCUGAUCUUAAUCUUUUUGUGUCUUAUAACAAUGGCUUAAGUAUAGCCAACAGUAUGUAAUUUUUGACCAUGACUACUUAUUACAAAUACUGGAACCUCUGAAGCUACAAUAGGCUUCCUAGCUAGGGAGAUGUUUAUAUGAUAAAAGUGUUGUUUUGUUUUUCUUGUCAGUGUAAAUUUUCCUCAUGCAAGAGAAAUGUAUCAUUGAACGUGAGUCUAAAGAAUCUGGAAAAGCCAAUAGUCUGAUUUUGGCACUUACUCUUCUGAAUGUUUCUAAUUUUCUUAAAGUGCCUAAUGAUGUUGAGAAAUGGAGCUUGCAACACACACCAUUGGCCAUUCUCAUAAAUGCUCAAUCUGUGGUGACAUCUCAGAUACAUAAUGCCCAGUAAAUUUCUCUCAUUAUAAUUGUCUUCAACCCGUGUCAAAAUUGUUCAUAUUAAAGACUAAAAUUUUGAUUUCUAUCACUCAUAACAAAAAGGAUUUUGAAAUCUAUGCAUUCAUAUGCAUCAUUAUGUUUGAAAAUGCAAAAAUGCACUUAGGAGCAGAUCCCAAUUACCAGCAGUGGAUUACAAUGCUUAUAUAAUCAAAAGCAUAUCUUUGUAUAUAAUUUUAAAAUUAAGUUUUCUGAGCUCAGAUCAUUUUUUAUAGUUCUGAUUUUCUAGUUUGUUCUUUAUUCAAUCAAAAUUAGCUCUUCACAAAGUAGUAUUCAUCUUUUCUAAUACUUUUCCCUCACUUUAAUUCAUGGAAAGAUUGUGAAUAACUUACUAAUUUUUAGUAUUAUGAAAGACAACUUUAAAAAAAGUUUCUUCUAUAACAGACAAACUCAGCAGAUAUGGCAGUGAGCUCCUGUACUCCCCGCAGAAGUGAAGUAUGUGGGUGAUGAUUUUCAGGCCUGCCUAGGUUACCUUGUGAGUUCAAGCCCAGCCUGUACUACACAGUGGGGUGCUGUCUCAAUAAAUCAAGUAUUGCCUUUUGCAGAGUGCUUGAAUAUUUUUAGGCUCAGUACUUCCUCCCUCCCCACCCCCGGCUCCCUCAUCUUCCUUACUUUCCUUUUUGGCUAUAAUUAUUUUUUCAUUUCAUUUUUUUGUAAUGUUAGAUGAACUUCCUUAAGAACAUUUUCAUGUAAUUAUGGAGAAUUUUAGUGUAGAUGUCAUCUUUUUCUCUGUCUUUGAUAUUAUAGUUACAUUUUGAUUUUCAGCAUGAUAUUAAUAUUUUUUCCAGUCUUCUCUCAUACUUGUUGUGAACAUUGAUCCAAUAUCCAAGAGUAAUUCAGUAGGCCAAUAGUCAUUGAUUGAAAAUGUAUUAACAUCAAAGGAAAUAUUUUUUCUUCACUUAAUAAAACAGUCAUUUUCUUUCAUUGUGUUACUUCAUUUUUGACAAAAUAAGCUAGAAAAUCUCAGCAUGAACAUUACUGAAAGAGAACACUCUAGAAAAGCAUUCUAUGUUAGCAAAGAGUUCUUUUUUAGAACAAGAAUAUGAUUUUUAUCUCACAAGGUUUCAGGAUGGAAUUUUAAAACAUACUUUUGACUGAGACUUUCACUGUGUCUUGUUUUGUUGUUGUUUUACUUUGGUUUUCUUUAAUACUUUCAUAUGACUGUGAAAUGAGUUUUUUGCUGGAGGUGUGGCUAGGUAGGUGGCUUGCUAGGCAAGCACGAGGCUUUGAGUUGAGACCCCACUACUACUAAAAUAAAUGUUUUGCUAGAUCAAGUUUAUAUAUGACUUGUUCAUUAAUGUAAUGAAAAGAUUUCUGACAGGGUAUUUAAUUGCUAUUUUCUUCUUCUACUCCUUCUUGCAAAGUUAACUGUGAUUGUGGAUUCAGUGAACGUAGGCCAUAUAAGUUAGAAUGUUGGUGUUCUGGGCAGUAGACACCAUUAUACCUAAAUUCAUAUCGUCCUGUUUGAUAUAUUCAUGUAUCAAAAUAUUUAAUUAAUUUAUUAUAUUUUCUCAACCCUCUAUGCUAUAUAUUGUUUAAAUAGCCAAGUUUUCUCACUGCUAGGUCAGACCAAACUAAGGGCUUUGCCUAAACCACAUGUCAGUCCUCUGAGUAAAUGCAGGGUUGCAGACAGAACCCAGUUCUUUUGACUACUAAUAUGCUUUUACUCUGUUUCACUGCUUAAACUACUCCAUUGGUAAUGCUGAUCAAACAGAGUGAAUAAAAUGUUUCUAGAACCACACAUGAGAUUACUUUGUGCUCUACCAGUGUUCUCCUAUGAUGCUUUGCAAAAGCACAUUUCUAGACUUGAUUUGAAAAUUAUUUUCUGAUUCCCAGUGCAGUGUG